GCCACUGUGACACUCGCCGCCGAAGAGAACACACGAACACACAGACUCCAUCAUGCGGCCUCUGAUAAUUCUUCUUGCUCUGGUGGCGGUGGCGGCGGCGCAGUUCAACCAGCCACGCUUCGGGUCGUCACGAUUCCUCCGCUUCGAUGACGACGACUUCGAUGACUUUUUCGAUGACGACGACGACGACUCGCUGGAGGACCUGUACGAGGACCUCUACGAUGACGACGCCGACGACCGCGCGGAGGCGAGGGCGGCGCUGACGAGGCUGCGGGCGUCGGGCGCGAUAACCGGGGACGCCUUCAGGAGGAACCGAUUCGUGAACGCCAGAAGCAACAACCGAGGCUUCAACACCAACCGAAACUUCAACAGCCCCAGACCCAGUUUCAACACCGGCAGCUUCAACAAUCACCGCAGCACCAUUUUCCCCACCCAAAGACCCAGUUUCAACACCCAGAGACCCAGCAGUUUCAACGCCCAAAGACCCAGCAGUUUCAAUACCCAGAGACCCAGUAGUUUCAACACCCCCAGACCCAGCAGUUUCGGUACCUCCUCCAGCAGUUUCGGGACCCAGGGGAACAGUUUCAACACCCCGCGCCCCGCUUUCAACUCCUUCCGUAGUCCCCUCCCAGCCUCUUCCAUCCCACAGAAACGGCCAUUCUCCUCCUCCUCCUCCACGAAGUUCCUCCCUGCCACCUCCUCCUCCCUCAAUGAUAUCUCCCGUCCCUCCUCCUUUCGCAAGACUUCACCCUCCCCCUUCAAGUCCCUCCCCUCCUUCUCGUGGCCUGGAGGCAGCGGGUACUACUUCAGCAUGAGUACCAACGGGGCCAAACCUGUCUCCUAUUUCAUCCGCUACGACGAUGACUAAACGGUGUGAUGACGAUGACCUAGGAUGAAAGUAAGGAUGAAUAGGGAAAUAGUGAGAUGAAUGAUGACGAAAUGUGACGAUACUGAAAACUAUGACUAUUACUACUAUUACUGCUGAAGAUGAAUACAAAACGAUGAAUAAGGAAAUAGGGAUGAUAAUGAUUGAUGACCUAAGUGAUGAGUGAAAACAACUACUCCGACUAUUAUUACAACUACUAUUUAGGAUGAAUAUAUGGAUGAAAAGGGAAGUUACGAUAGAUGAUGAUGAUGAUUACGUAAUGUGAUGAUGAUGAUGAUGAUUACUAUUGCUACUUAGGGUGAAUACAGAGAUGAUGAAUAGGAAAGUAAAGGAAGGAGGAGGAGGAGUAUGCAAGGGGUAGCCAUCGUCUUCACAGGAGUUGCCGUAAUUUAUCUCGUGAAAGAAAACGGAACAUUUUUCUUCAACAGAUUAUCAAGAAAAAUCAAUACAUAUAUUUUUUUUACGUUUUAAGACAGUUCACGAAAUCCGACGUUAUCUUAUAUAAACUGGAGAUGACCUAAUUUGUAGUAUUAAAAUUCUAAACCAUUGAAGGACAAGAAAGCUUUAAAUACUAUUUCUGAUUACUACAUACCAAAUUACACAUACAAAAACACUAGAGAAUUCCUUGCAUGUAUAUUUUUCUUAAGCUAAGCAAAAUCCAUACAAAAAACUAUAUAAUGUUUAAAAGUUCAUAUUAAAACACUUAACAAAAAAAAUCAAAAACCCUGAUAACAGUUUCAAGACAAAAAAGAAAAAAAAAGAAUACGGACCCACGUGUAUUUUUCAAAGUUUAAAAUCAAUCACUAAAUUUACACAAGAAAUGUUCCCUCCCGUUUUAGAAACUUCCGAAAUCCAGAAAAUUAAAGCAAACAUUUAUUUUACGUUUGAGUGACUAACAAAUCACCAAAAUUCUUAUCCGUUCCUAGAUUGUGGUCCAUCUGCUGAUUCUUCCAUUCCUCAAAAAUAAAUAAAUAAAUAAAUAAGUAAAUAAAAAAUAGAAAUAAAAACACCAACAAGUCACCAUACUCAAAUUGUCAUCCAAGUAAUAAAAAAGAAACAGACUAGUGACGAAAACACACACACACACACACACACACACACACACACACACACACACACACACACACACACACACACACA